UGAGGUCCAGGAGGAGCGAAGAUGUGGGAUCCGGGGAGCCCGGAUGGUGUGUGGGGAGCGGGCUUGGGACCACAUCGGGUUGGGGCCAGAGGACCGAGGAAGGAGAACCUAGCCUUGGGGAGUGCUGCUCAGUCUCCCGGCUUUUGGCCCCCGUCUUUGGGGUCUCCCCAAGGGCUGGGAGGAGGACCUGCAUCCCAGCCUCUGCUCGCUGUUGCCCGGCUCCGUUCCGUGGAGCGGUGAAGGGCUGUGCCGUCGCCAGUCGUGCCCCCCUUCCUCUUUCCGCCCACUCGCGGGGGCCUCCGCGGCCGGCAGGCCUCCAGGAGUCCCGGCCGCUGCAUGUUGUGCUGGGAAAUGAAGCCUGUGACUUGGACUCCAUGGUGUCAGCGCUUGCCUUGGCUUUUUACCUAGCAAAGACAACAGAGGCUGAGGAAGUCUUUGUGCCAGUUUUAAAUAUAAAUCGUUCUGAGCUACCUCUACGAGGUGACAAUGUCUUCUUCCUUCAGAAGAUUCACAUUCCAGAGUCCCUCUUGAUUUUCCGGGAUGAGAUUGACCUCCACGCCUUGCACCAGGCUGGCCAACUCACCCUUAUCCUUGUUGACCAUCAUGUCUUACCCAAAAGUGACACAGCCCUAGAGGAGGCAGUAGCAGAGGUGCUAGACCAUCGGCCCAUUGAGCAGAAACACUGCCCUCCCUGCCAUGUUUCAGUUGAGCUGGUGGGGUCCUGUGCUACCCUGGUGACUGAGAGAAUCCUGGAGGGGGCACCAGAGAUCUUGGACAGGCAAAUUGCAGCUCUUCUGCAUGGAACAAUCAUCCUGGACUGUGUCAACAUGGACCUGAAAGUUGGAAAGGCAACCCCCAAAGACAACAAAUAUGUGGAGAAACUGGAGGCCCUUUUCCCAGAUCUGCCUAAGAGAAAUGACAUCUUUGACUCUCUACAAAAGGCAAAGUUUGAUAUAUCAGGACUGACCACUGAGCAGAUGCUGAGAAAGGACCAGAAGACCAUCUCCACACAUGGCACCAAGGUGGCCAUUAGUGCAAUAUAUAUGGAUUUGGAGGCUUUUCUGCAGAGGUCUGGCCUCACUGCAGAUCUCCAUGCUUUCUGCCAGGCUCACAACUGUGACGUCCUGGUCACCAUGACUAUCUUUUUCAACACUCAAAAUGAGCCAGUGCGGCAGCUGGCUGUUUUCUGUCCCCAUGCAGCGCUCCGAAUGACGAUCUGUGGAGUUCUGGAACGCUCCCACUCUCCGUCCCUGAAGCUGACCCCUGCCCCAAGCACCCACCCUCACCUCCAAGCCUAUCUUCAGGGCAACACCCAGGUCUCUCGGAAGAAACUUCUGCCUCUGCUCCAGGAGGCCCUGUCAGCAUAUUUUGACUCCAUGAAGAUCCCUUCAGGGCAGCCUGAGACAGAGGGUGUGAGUAGGGAGCAGGCAGACAAGGAAUUGGACAGGGCAGGUAACUCCCUGGUACCUGGACUGAGUCAAGAUGAGGAGGAGCCUCCACUGCCCCCCACGCCCAUGAACAGCUUGGUGGAUGAGUGCCCUCUGGAUCAGGGGCUGCCUAAACUCUCAGCUGAAGUCAUCUUUGAGAAGUGCAGUCAGAUCUCUUUAUCACAGUCGACUGCUGCCUCCCUGUCCAAGAAGUGACUGCUGGGAGGGGACGGGAUGGUGAGAGAGGUUGCUCGAACCACUUGAAAUGCAUGUUUUGAGAUGUACCGGCAGUCCCAUCUUCAUUGCUCUAGGAUCUGGUGUACUGUGUUCAUGUACUGGGGAGAAGAAAGAAGCGAAAGAAAACAGCUGCUUCAGGGAUGGCUUCCUGCCUUUCCCCCAGAUCUCUACCAAUCAGACAAAUUGUAUUAUUUAAUUUAAUUCUUCAAAUCUGCACUGACUCUCCUUUGUUUCAUUUACCAGGGGUACAAUGUGAUACCACAGAGUUCCAGCAGAGCAGCACAAAAAGGUGUACCCCAGAAGUGCCCUCAAUAAGGGUCUGUAACGGAACCAGCAUUUCGCAUGGAACCAAAUAUUCAUUGUGUCCAUGUGUUCAUUUAUGCUCAUAUUGAUUCAGGUAUUUAUUGAAUACCUACUUUUAGCUAGAUAGAAAAUAAAAGUGUGCUUUGCAAACUCCUAUUUCAGUUUUCAGACUUCUACAGAAUCUAGCUCCAUGAUUCCUCUUUCUGACCCCAGUUAGGUGAUAGUAUCCAAAGCUGAGAUGGUUACAUUUGUAUUCUGGGCUUAUGACUCUUUUAAGAUCCUUGCGGAGCAGUCAGAAGCCAUUAUCUUCUGUCUGGUCAGCUGACCUGGCUCUCAGUUUCUUUGGAUUCCUCUGUCCCAGAAAGACCCAGAAGACUCCUUGGUUCUUGAGAGUUCAGGGGACACCCAGGAAAGCCUUAAGAUCACAUAGGCACUCUUCUCAGCAGACAGCAGAACUGCAGUGAGAGCCCUGGCUCUGUGCCCUGCCUUGCGGCCUGUCAAUUUCUUGUCCAUCCUGUUCUCUUCUUGCUCACGUUGAAAGGAAACAUGGAGUUCUGAUACCAACUGCCAUGAACUGUGUGUCUCUUGGUAAGACACUUCAUUUCUCUAGGCCUCAUUCACCCCAUCUGUAAAACUAAGGAUCUGGACUAGAUAUUCUCUAGUAUUCUGUGAUCUGCCUCCUGUCACCAUCACUUCUCUCCUUGCUUCUCUCUUUGUUUCUGUUCUCCCUGGGAAUGCUCAGGGUGACUGAAUUGUCUGUAUUUAUAUGUGAUUGUACCAAGGGACUCAGCCUCACGUAGCAUGUACAGGGGUAUGAUGCCUACCAUAGUGAUCCGGCAGAGAGUUCCCCCACUACUUGUUCUGCAUGUGUAGACUCCCUUUUCCCUUCAGACUUCCCUUUUCCCCCUUUUCCUACCCCACAGCCCAAAUCCAUGUAAGUUGCUAGUGGUUCCACUGAACAGUAGGGCAUGUGAGACAGUUUUGGCAUGAUGUCUUCAGUAUGAGGGGGACGGUGUGACUUCACUUUGAGGGGAUGAUGUCUGUAGCCAUUGGAAGGUAAAAAUAGUGGUGUGAUUACUGAACCAAAGGAAUUUGUUUUGUAACUUGGGUACUUUAUUUUGCAUUUUGUUAAAGUAUUAAAUACAUUUUUUUUCCCUGUU